AUGGGCUGGGCGCGCUGGCUGGCGCUGGGCGGCCUCCUGGCCCUGGCCGGGCAGUUGCAGGCCCGGCUGGUGCGCCAGCCGGACGCGGGCUUCGCCGAGUGCGACGCGUUCUUCCACGCGGGGACCCCGCCCGCCGGGCCGGCGUCCGAGCCGCGGCUGAAGAUCUGCCAGCGCUUCCGGGGCGCCGCGCGCUUCGCCACCCUGUACAGUCCCGGCCACCGCUGCCCGGUGUUUUCCGCCUUCCGCGCUGCGCGCCCCGCGCCCGGCCAAGCCGAGCAGCGCGGGCUUCUGGAGCCGCAGAUCGAUGACCCGGACAGCAGUCUGGAGGAGAUGAUUGAAGAGGCUGAUGCCGUCGCCUCCAUAAGCAGUUUGGGAAGCAAGCAAGCCCUGAACGCGGAUUACCUUGACUCUGACUAUGAAAGCGGACAGCUGUUCCCGUUCUCCCUUAGCAGUGACCUCCAGACAACCAUAUUCCCACUGACAAAUUCAGUCCCGAUGACCCAGUCCUUCCGCAAACGGUGGCACAUGAAUCUCAACAGCCUCAUGGACCGAGCCUUGAUCCCACACUGUGGCAAUGGGGAAGACCUGUUUAUCAUCACGGGGGCUGUCCCCUCAGACAGCAGGAUAAAGGACAGAGUGACUGUCCCUGAGUUUGUCUGGCUGGCAGCCUGUUGUGCUGUCCCUGGAGGAGGCUGGGCCAUGGGCUUUGUUAAGCACACCCAGGGCAAUGACAUCAUAGAAGACGUGAUGGUAAGAGACCUGGAGAAACUGCUUCCGUCAAAACCUCAGCUGUUCCGGGACAACUGCGGUGAGGCUGAGCAAGACACGGAGAAGAUGAAAAAGAUCCUGGAAGUGGUCAACCAGGUCCAGGAUGAGGAGAGAUCGGUGCAGUCUCAAAAGAGUCCCCUCGCCAGCACCCGCAGCCAGAGGUCUGCCCUACUGCCCCCAGAGGCACCUGAGGGAGGGCGCAGUCUUCUGGCAAAAGUCCUGGGUUUCAUCGCCACCCCCUUCAUCAAGCUCUUCCAGUUAAUUUAUUACCUUGUGAUUGAAGUCCUGAAGAACAUCCUCUAUCUCCUGUGGUUUGUGGCCAAGCAGGUGAUAAGUGGCAUCGAGAACUGCCUUUACCGCAUGGGCACCGCAGCCUUCUCAUAUCUCAUGGCCAUUGGGGAAGAGCUGGUGGGCAUACCCUGGAAGGUGCUCAAGGUGGUGGCCAAAAUCAUCAGGGCCGUUCUCCGGAUCCUCUGUUGUCUGCUGAAGGCUGUCUGCCGGGUUCUGAGCAUCCCUCUCCGAGUCCUUGUGGAUGUAGCCAUGUUCCCUGUGCACACAGUGGGCACGGUCCCCUUUGUGUGCAGGGACAUUGCCCUGGGCCUGGGUGGCACGCUCUCUCUCCUUUUUGACACAGCUUUUGGCACUGUGGGUAGCCUGUUUCAGAUUUUUUUUAGUGUCCUCAAGAGGAUUGGCUACAAGGUUACUUUUGACAAUUCUGGGGAGGUAUAGAAUUUAAAAACCUCAUAGUAUCCAGCCAUAGUGAAUUUGGUUGUUUAUUUAAUAUGAGAAAGAUGGACUAUUCGGUCUUAAACAUGGGUUCCUAUUCACUGUCAGUGGCCAUGCUAUGCUGGUCUUUGGUGGAAGUGUAUGCCUGUUCCUGCAAAGGAUGAUGGCACAAUUUAGACUUGACCCAAGAGAAAUACUCAGGGUAGGCUUGGGCACCGUGAGCCACAGUGCACCUGCAGUAAUGUGUGCAGGCUUCCAUGCCUCUGGUAACUUUAGAAAUUCACCUGGACUCACUAUGAAACACCUGGAGCGUCCUGUGUAUCGUGAAAAUUAGAAAUCAUAAGGCAGAGAGUCGGGGGAAAAGGAGUCAAGGCCUCAGCAAACCAGACCUGAAUAUCGCUGCUCAAUUUCUUAGCAUUUGUUUCUCUAUUUCCCCAGCCCAGCUGAUCUAGUCUGACCUAUUCUGUUGAACCAGCUCUCUUGAUACAGAAUCUGCUACAGUUCUGAGCUUUCUGUGGGUCUCAAGGACAUGUUUGGUUGUCAUUCUUCCAAAAUUGAAUUUUGCUGCAUUUUUCUUUUGGGUCACAGCAAGUAUUUUAUGCUGGACAUGGCAUAACAAAGUAUGAAUGGAACCCCGAUUGGACCCUGAAUCCAGUUCUCCCAGGUGUAAAGAAGAUCACAUAAAAGCAACAGCAUUAAGUAGGUGCCGUGUGUCCAAGGGCAUCGGUAGGGAGGCGUUGAUUGACAUUAAAUCACUGGUUGACAACACUGAAUGCAAAGAUCUGCAUGUUAAGCUGAUAUGAAACCUCAUAUUCUCUAACACUAGAUCUUUCUAAUGUACCAUGUGAAUACUCAAUUCAGUAAAGCUGUCUGACUUCUCUCCUUAAAUGAUUAUUUUGACAUAACUAUCUAGAUAACAGACGAAAUUUAAAAAAAUCUUUGGCUGUCUUGGGAAGAAAUGUAUGUAUAUAAAUAUUUAAGAAUCAUUAUCUCUUAGGAAAUAUUUUUAUAGUGUACUUGAGGCUAGAAAAUAUAACUUCUCCAUUAAUGCAGGUUAAAAUUUAAGAGCUUAUUCCCAAUUUCGAUCAGGUACUUGUAAUUUUAAAUCUUGCACUAAGAAUUAUAACAAGAGGAACCCAGCUCACUUCACUGUGAGAAUGCAAUUGUCUGGGUCUUGUCUGGGUUUUCUGAAGAGUUGCUUCAAGUACAAAAGGGGAAGUGCGAACUUAUCUUGCAGAUGUAGCCCAGAAUUCACUGGAAAGUUAGCUGUAAAAAAUAAGAGUCUAAAAAAAUAAAUAAGAGUCUAGAAAGACAACAAAGAGGACAGCGCAUAAGUAGAUGAGAAAGUCUGUUACGUUUUGCAGAAAGAGUUGAAUUGCACCAGAGUCGACCUGUAGCCCCCAAGCUGCCGUUCCAGCCACUUUGCAAUGCGAGGCAUGGCGUGGCAAUGCCAGACUGGCCCAUGCUCAGGGAAAUGUGCAAGGCUCAUUGAGAAUCCUAAGCAGUAUCUACCACGGCCUUAACUUGGGAAGUAUGAGGGCCUGCCUGCCUUGCACCCAUGGGCCAAGAAUCCUUCUGCUUGAGGCAACGAGAGAUGGUCUGGUCAAACCCUCACUUGAUCAGGAACUGGAGGUACAAUGGGCAGAAGCUUGUCCUCUGUUACAGGGCUAGCUGGAAGCAGGUCAGGAGUCAAGGCCACCCCAUCACACUCCCAGCGCUAGGUGUGCAAGUGUGUACAGCUGCUCAACUGCCUCGCUGGUGUAAGCAGGAUCUUCUCCUCUACCAAACAUUUUAGGCGUUGGAUCAGCAGCUGAUGAAAUGAUAAACAUCCACAAAACACUGUGCUUACUGCAUUCAUGUGACCCGUUUUCCCUCACAGAACAUAAAUGCAUUCUGAGAGGGCAUAGGAGGGUGUCCAUGGAGACCCAGCCUCAGGAGGGACGGGGCAUCUGAACCUUCUCCUGAGAAUCUUGAAAACGUAUUCUUUCUCAAAGUCAUUGGUUUAGUGUCUGUUUAUUCUUGGGUGGCCUUUUUCCAAAUAUGGGAAGGGAUAAGCCAGAAAAGGCUUCCUUCAGGUCAGGGGGCUGAGGCUCUUCACUCCGGAGUCUCGUGUUGGCUGAGGUUCACGGGAGCCAGCUGCACUGGCUUUCAAGUCCCACCAGGUCCCUGGGCUGCUGCCCUAUUCCUAACAGGCUCCAAGGUGGGAGUUUGGGUUGCCGAACCCCACUGUCGGCUUGGAGAUUUUGCUGUGGCUCUGUUGUGUUCUCAGCCCCUUGGGGAAGCCAGCCAGUGCUUUGUCAGAUACAAAGAUGGCAUUCUAGCCUGAGUGGGCCACGCCUUUAGAUGCCCUCUUCCCCUGUGCUGUUUCAUCUACACACAAACUGGGAGCAGGAGAAGGAGCCAAAACGAAGCAUUCCUCAUUCUCAGUCAUUCAUCUAUCUCAAAAACAUGUAACUGGCCAUCGAGGUUGCAGAGUUGGGUGCUGUCUUUAAGGAGUUCCCAGUGUGAUGGGAUGAACACAAAGUGUGACAAGUGUGACCCAUGCUGUAACAUGUCAUAGCAAGCACCACUGAAGGUACUUGCGGCCUGCUUCCUGCAGCCCUGGAGGAAAACCCACAGGAUCAGGGAAAUGAAGGAAGCCUUUAGAGGCUGAGACACAACUACUUUCACCUUGUCAAGCCAUGUACAAUGCUGUGCACCAUGCUCAAUAAAGUCACUAUCGACAAUGC